GGUGUCGCUGUGCCUUAAGGCCCGUACCGAGCCGAGUGGCGGCCUGUCCUAAGAGCUGAAAGCCCGGGGUUGAGCGGCUGGCGGGAAGCGCUGGAUAAUGAGAAGCUGCUGAGAGUGUCCCCUCCGACUUCACUGUUGAGAUCAUGGCAGACAGCGAACAGCAGGAAGAUUACAAGAUACAGGGAUUUGAUGCCGACACCCAGAGUCUUCUGAAAACAGCACUAAAAGAGCCGGGGAGCGUAGACUUGGAAAAGGCUGCCAGUGUGAUUGUAGAUCAGUCUCUGAGAGAUGCCACAUUCAGCAGGGAAGCUGGGAGGAUGUGCUAUACCAUUAUCCAGGCAGAGAGCAAGCAGACAGGACGCACCGUGUUCCGCUCCACCCUCCUGAACCGGCUGCAAGUGGAGUAUAAGAACCGGAAGGAGACGAGGGCUCGCUCCCUGCAGGAGUGGGUUUGCUAUGUCGGCUUCAUGUGCAACGUCUUCGACUAUCUUAGGGUGAAUAACAUGCCGAUGCUGGCUCUAGUUAACCCCGUGUAUGACUGCCUAUUUGAUUUGGUACAGCCUGACAAUCUGAAAAGGGAAGAGGAGCCUGUCCUGAUCCUACCGACAAACCUCCUGCCGAUAGUUAACCUGUCUGGUGAUAUUUCAGGUGGACUGCCUGGUGUUGCAGUUGCAUCGGGUAGGGGAGCAGCUGGAGAAGAUGAACUGCCAGCGUAUGGACGAGCUUUUCUCGCAGCUGAGAGACAGCUUCCUCCUGCAGGGAGGCCUCAGUUCGCUCACCCAGCUACUGCUGCUCGAGAUGAUCGAGUACAGGGCAGCCGGCUGGCGCAUGACCGACGCGGCGCAGAAGUAUUACUACAGCGAGGUGUCGGAGUGAGGCCAUAGACAGCGGAUUUUAUCCUACGUUCAAAAGCACAAGAUUUUAUAAACCCUUUGGUUGCCACAGAGCCAUGAAAGGCAUGUUUCAGAAGCAUAAGCAAGAGCCAUACUUCCUUUAUGUAACAGAUAGCACAGACGGCGCCAUAUUUAUUUGCGACCUUGAUCCAAGCACAAUUGAGCCAAAGUGUGUAGUUGGUCAAUGAAGGGCAAAUGGGUGGGAUUCAGCCUUGAGCAUAAACAUUGAGGGCUUCUAUUGGACUUGAUUGAAAGCGUCAUGGCUUUUUGGCACUAAAAUUGGUUUAAGCAGUGUAAUGGAUUUGCAGCACUAAUGUAAAGCAAAGGGGGUUAGAGUUCUUUUGGGAAAACCUAACACUUAAUUCAAGACCCACAUAGAUUAUAAGUCUUGCUGAGUGUGACUAGUUAAGAUGGUGGCACAUUCCCCUGUGGUAUUAUCUGCACUGGUAGAGAAAACUCCAAUACUGAACCGCCUUGUGCAAAUGCUUUGUAUUUUUGGGUGGAAAUCUACCCAGAAACCCUAAGGUCCGUGGUAAACAGGGACAUUAGUCACCGCGUGACGAAUCUCCCUUGUCGCGGGCGACUAAUCUCCCCGAAAUGCCAUCCCACCGGCUAGAAUGUAAAUCGCCGGUGUGAUGGCAUACGUGGCGCCGAAAUGGCCGGUUUCCUCUCAAGGCAACUUCAGUGAUUUCGGUGCCACUUAUGCCAUCGCACUGGUGAUAUACAUUCUAGCCGGUGGGAUGGCAUUUCAGGCGUCUGUCUCGGCCCUAAUACACAGGUGGCUUGGCACAGUAUUGGUGUUUUUUUCCCACCUGUGUUUGACUUGCCCCUAAGGAUAAUCGCCCAGAGGGUGAACAUGGCCGAAUGGGAGAGGAACUAAAGUGCUAAAUUACCUCUCCCAAUCAGAAUUGACUGCAAUCUCUGCCCAAGAGCCUCUCACAUGUCACUGGCGGGAGAAUCCCCAAUAAGGGUAAAUGAGAAGGGGCUGUGGUUUUUUUUCUUCUAUGACAAAUGUUGGAAAUCUCACUUAGACAAGUAACGUAUAAACAUUCCUGAGUCAGUGUGAUCAGAGGUGAAGCGCAACGGUCAGAAUCUGGAACUUCCAUGCAUCCCACUACAGCAGACUUAUGCAUCCGCCGGCUUCCUCUGCCACCAGCUCUCAGGUUAUCCUUUUCUAUUUGCCACCAUUUCUUGUGGGCGGAGACUGGAAGCGAGCAGCGCUCACACAGAGACGGGUGCUCUGAAUGGAAAGAGCGACUGCAUGCUCUCCCGCUAAAGCACAUCUUGUUUCCACGGGGUAAUACAUAGUAUAUACUCUGCUGGCUAAUUCCGAGUUGUUUUAUAAAAGAAAACUUUUUUGUCUGAACGAUGUACAAUUUUUUCCUAACAAUAACCCUUUAUAAUGAUUUUGCCUCUUACAGGGGAAGUUGCUUUUAUGAUAAAUUUUAUUAAUAAAGUUUUUGUAUGUUA